AUGUCCCAGAAUUCAGAAGCUAUAUUUACAGCCUUGAUUAAAGAAAAUAAUCCAGAGGCAAACAUAGAAAAAAUAUACAGUCGGUUUAUACAUCUUAAUAACUUGCCAGAAGCUGGACUUCAGUGUGUACUUUGUGUUGGACUUCAGUUUGGAAAAGUGGAUCACCAUAUAUUCUUGAGUAAUAAAAACAAGGCAAUUCUUCAGUUAGAUAGUCCUGAAUCUGCUCAGUCAAUGUACAACUUUCUGAAACAAAAUCCACAGAACAUAGGUGACUGUAUAUUGACCUGUACAUUAUCUCCAAAAGUGGACUCAUUAGAGGCUCAAGCUGAGAAAAACCAAGAACUAGGAAAGGAAAGCCCUGACUUGAAAAACAAUCCAGUUGGUGAAAGUGAGGCGCAAACAGCAGCUGAUAGUGCCUCUGUUAAACCUAGUGAGGUUGAAGCAGCAGCUAUUCCCAGCAUUCAAAACGAAACUUCCGUACAGCAGGAAGAGUUUUGUGAGGAAGAACCUGACAAAAUACUAUGUGACUCUGACUUUGCUGUUGAAACCUUGGAAAUUGAAACUCAAGGAGAGGAGGACAAAGUGGAAAUUCCUCUUGAAGAAUCCAUUCCAACCAGUAUUGAAUUAUCCACCGAAAAUGUGGAGGAGUCCAUUUUAAAUCAGCAGGUGUAUACCAGUGACCUUGGGACGGAAGAGGCAGAAAUUAAUUCUGAAACAGAAUUAGCAACAUCCGACAGUGCAUUUAUAGAAGAAAGGAACAUCCGAGGAAUUCUAGAAGAAUCUCCAUCUGAAGCAGAAGACUACUUUUCUGGGAUUACACAGGCUAUGAUAGAAGCUAUAGCUGAAGUGGACAAACAUGAAACUGUUUCAGAAAUAGUACCAUCUACUUCUGCUGUGACCCUGGUACCAGGAAUUUCCACUGGGGAUGAGAAGACAAUGAGCAAAAAGGGAAUUUCUGAAAAAAGUGGCAUGGAUGAACAGGAGGAGAAUGAAUUUAAUACUAAGGAAUCCAAAAUGGAUCUGCAAAUAGGAACAGAGAAGGCUGAAAAGAAUGAUGCUAGGAUGGAUGCAGAGAAGGUGGCAAAGAUUGUGGUACCAAUGAAAGAAAAGCCUGCAGAAAACACUGGGAUCAAGGCAUGCCCAAAUAAAGGAGUGUGCCAGGCCAGUAAGCCUGAUGAAACUAGUAAAACUAGUAUGCUGGCUACAUCAAAUGCACCUAGCAGUAAAUCAAGCAUCAAGGCUGGUAUGGUCUCUUCUCCAAAGGCAAAACCUACAGUUUCAAAAUCUGAAAACCAGAAAAGUUUACUAAAAUCUGUACUCAGAGAUCAAAUAAAUGCUGAAAAGAAACUUUCUGCCAAGGAAUUAGGUCUUAAACCUGCAAGUGCCAGGUUGGCUGAAAGCAGCAGUAAAAUCAAAUCCACUCAGAGCGGUAUUACCAGAGGAGGCAGUGGAAGGAUCUCGGCCCUGCAAGACAAGGACUCUAAACUGGAUUACAGGGAUAUUACAAAACAAUCUCAGGAAACAGAGGCUAGACCUUCCGUCAUGAAACGGGAUGACAGCAACAAUAAGACUUUGGUUGGGCAAAACACUAAGAACCCUAAAAGUACCACUGGUAGAAGUUCCAAAUCUGAAGAGGAACUAUUAUAUCCAUUUAAUUUGGAUGAAUUUGUUACUGUGGAUGAGGUUAUAGAAGAAGUGAAUCCUUCGCAAGCCAAACAGAAUCCACUAAAGGGAAAAAGGAAAGAAGCCCUCAAAAAUAUUCCUUCCUCUGAACUUAAUGUAAAGAAGAAGAAAGGGAAAACUUCUGCCCCUCAUGUUGUCGAGGGACAAUUAUCUUUUGUAACAUUGGAUGAGAUUGGGGAAGAGGAAGAUGCAUCUGCACACCUGGCACAAGCUCUAGUCACUGUAGAUGAAGUUAUUGAUGAAGAAGAAGUAAAUAUGGAAGAAAUGGUAAAAAAUUCAAAUUCACUUCUUACAUUAGAUGAGUUAAUUGAUCAAGAUGAGUGCAUAUCCCACAGUGAACCUAAAGAUGUUACAAUACUGUCGGUGGCUGAAGAACAAGAUCUUCUCAAACAGGAAUGCUUGGUAACUGUGGAUGAAAUUGGAGAAGUAGAGGAGCUACCUUUAAAUGAAUCAGCAGACUUAAAUUUUGCCACUUUAAAUACUAAAGGAAAUGAGGGAAAUACUGGAAGUGAUCCCAUUGGCUUCAUUUCUUCCCAGAUGCCUGAAGACCCUGCUACUUUGGUUACUGUAGAUGAAAUUCAGGAUGACAGUAGUGAUCUGCACUUAGUGACUUUGGAUGAAGUAAAUGAAGAGGAUGAAGACUUUGUGGCAGAUUUUGAUAACCUUAAAGAAGAGCUUAAUUUUGUUACUGUUGAUGAAGUUGGAGAAGAGGAAGAUGGAGAUGAUUUAAAAGAUGUAUUAGCACAAAGCAAAAAUGACCAUCCCACAGAUAAAAGGGGCGAUAGGAGAAAGAGAGCUGUGGACACAAGGAAGACAAAACUUGAAGCCUUGUGCCAAGUGGGUCCAAUAAAUGUGAAUGUUAUGGAAGAAGAUCUGAACACCAUGAUUGAGAGGCACUUAGAAGCUAAAAUGCCAACCAAGAGAGUUAGAAUUGGGACAACUCCACCAUUGGAAAACACAGUUGAGACAGAACCAGAGCAAGAUGAAGAGGAGGCCUACCAAAUUAGUGAAGUUGAUGAAGAAUCUGACUUUAAGGAUUCAGAACCAGAACGAAAACGCAAGAAGAUUGAGGACUCUUCUUUAGGGACACCAGAGGCAGCUGAUGUUUCUGAAGAUUUAGACUUUCUUGUACCGAAGCCUAGAUUCUUCUGUCCAAUUUGUUCCCUCUUCUACUCCGGUGAAAAAGCAAUGAUAAAUCACUGUAAGAGUGCACGUCAUAAGCAAAAUACAGAGAAGUUCAUGGCCAACCAAAGAACGGAAAAGGAGCAGAAUGAGGUUGAAGAAAGAAGCUCAAGCUCUAGGUGAUUGGAGAAAAAUUUGUUAGAAAUUUGUUUAGGGUCCAGUUGAUUUGUGUAUUUUUGUUAUCAUUAAUUUGUAAUUUUUAUUUCAGAAGCAAAUAAUUCAUGUUGUACAAAUUUCUGAUUGCCCUUGAUGUAGAGAGACUGAUGGGGAAAGUAUGAUGUGUUUGAUUUUUAUAUCAAAUCAUCAGGCAUGGAAAAAUAUCUUUUAGAAGUGUUAAAUAAACGUUCCUGCUGUAUAUUUAAAAUA